AUGGUAUUUGCUGUGAACACCGUUGCCAACUUCGCUUUUACCUUCGCCACUCUUCCAGCAUUCACAGCAAUCAAGUCUUGGGCGUUCAUCCCACUCUUCAUCAUUCCUUCGAUAUUUUCAUUGAUCUACUUGUAUUUUAACAUGCCUGAAACCGUUGGCAGAGAAGUGCACGACAUCGUUGAGGAACUUAUGGCACGAACCAACAAGCAAAAGGUGAGCGUUUUUUCGAUAAUCUUAAGCCGCUGCUAA